GAGCAGCCACAGUGCCCUGCUCAGAAGCCCCGGGCUCGUCAGUCAAGCUGGUUCUCGGUUCGCACUCGGCAGCACAGGCAGGCGAGUAGCCCCUAGUUCCGGGAGCAGAGCAUCAGAGCCCCAGUCCUGGUCCUCCAGCCCCGAGCCUCGCCUGCCCACCCAGCGCCAGGAUGGCCACCAUCACCUGCACCCGCUUCACAGAAGAGUAUCAGCUCUUCGAGGAACUGGGAAAGGGAGCCUUCUCGGUGGUGCGCCGUUGCGUGAAGGUGCUGGCUGGCCAGGAGUAUGCUGCCAAGAUCAUCAACACGAAGAAGCUCUCAGCCAGAGACCAUCAGAAGCUGGAGCGCGAAGCCCGCAUCUGUCGCCUGCUGAAGCACCCCAACAUCGUCCGGCUCCACGACAGCAUCUCCGAGGAGGGACAUCAUUACCUGAUCUUCGACCUGGUUACCGGUGGGGAGCUGUUUGAGGACAUCGUGGCCCGGGAGUAUUACAGUGAGGCUGAUGCCAGUCACUGUAUCCAGCAGAUCCUGGAGGCCGUGCUGCACUGUCAUCAGAUGGGCGUGGUGCACCGGGACCUGAAGCCGGAGAAUCUGCUGUUGGCCUCCAAGCUCAAGGGGGCCGCGGUGAAGCUGGCGGACUUUGGCUUGGCCAUCGAGGUGGAGGGAGAGCAGCAGGCUUGGUUCGGGUUCGCAGGCACGCCGGGAUACCUCUCCCCAGAAGUGCUGCGGAAGGACCCAUACGGGAAGCCCGUGGACCUGUGGGCCUGUGGCGUCAUCCUCUACAUCCUGCUGGUUGGGUACCCCCCAUUCUGGGACGAGGACCAGCACCGCCUGUAUCAGCAGAUCAAAGCCGGCGCCUAUGAUGCUGGGCAAACCUGGCCCCUCUGCCCCUUCCAGUUCCCAUCACCGGAAUGGGACACCGUCACCCCGGAAGCCAAGGACCUGAUCAAUAAGAUGCUGACCAUCAACCCGUCCAAACGCAUCACGGCCGCCGAGGCGCUCAAGCACCCCUGGAUCUCGCACCGGUCCACUGUGGCCUCCUGCAUGCACAGACAGGAGACCGUGGACUGCCUGAAGAAGUUCAAUGCCAGGAGAAAACUGAAGGGAGCUAUCCUCACCACGAUGCUGGCUACCAGGAACUUCUCUGGAGGGAAGAGUGGAGGAAACAAGAAGAACGAUGGUGUGAAGAAAAGAAAGUCCAGUUCCAGCGUUCAGUUAAUGGAAUCUUCAGAGAGUACCAACACCACCAUCGAGGAUGAAGACACCAAAGUGCGGAAACAGGAGAUUAUUAAAGUGACAGAGCAGCUGAUUGAAGCCAUAAGCAAUGGAGAUUUUGAGUCCUACACGAAGAUGUGUGACCCCGGGAUGACGGCCUUCGAACCUGAGGCCCUGGGGAACCUGGUCGAGGGCCUGGACUUCCAUCGAUUCUAUUUUGAAAACCUGUGGUCUCGGAACAGCAAGCCCGUGCACACCACCAUCCUGAACCCCCAUAUCCAUCUGAUGGGCGACGAGUCGGCCUGCAUCGCCUACAUCCGCAUCACGCAGUACCUGGAUGCGGGCGGCAUCCCCCGCACGGCCCAGUCGGAGGAGACCCGCGUCUGGCACCGCCGGGAUGGCAAAUGGCAGAUCGUCCACUUCCACAGAUCUGGGGCGCCCUCCGUCCUGCCCCAUUGAAGGACCAGUCUGGGGGCCCUGUACCGCAGAGAUUUACUCUUCGUUCAUGGAAUGUGGCUGCUGGUUCUCCCACUUGGAUUUUGCUGGAACUCCCCCAAUCACGUCACCCCACUACCACCAUCAUCACCAUCACCGUCACACCUGCGUCAAGAAAACCUGCCUGCUCACAAAAGCUAUCACGACUUCCGAGCAAAUGGCACAUCUCCCUGCCACCACCUGUCACUCUUGCUCUGCGUUCCCUGCCAGGGUGGGGUUUCCUGAGUCCUGGGUGCCCUGGAUGCCCUGGCUGCUGGCUCUGAGGACUCCCCCUCCUGGCUAUCGUCGGCCUGGUCUUGCCUUGGCUGUAGGCCAGAAUGCCCAGCUCUGUGUCCCCCAGGGGCCGAGGAGAGCGAGGCAUGGAAUCAGGAGGAACGUGGCACCCGCCCCCCAUCUCCCUGUCUCUCCCUUCCAGGGUCCCCCCAGCCUCGUGAGCCAGCCUCCCCUGUGGGAGAGGGUGAGAGAGGAGCAGAUGCCAGGAGCCCCCACUUAACACUGCCUCCCUAGCUCUUCUCCCAUCCUGCCCCGUCCUCCUGUCCUUGCGGACCCUUCCCCCUCGGUGCGUGGAGCUCGAUCCUCUCAGGGUGCCCCCACUCUUUCCUUCCGCCUUCAGCUGAUGUUUACCUCCAACAGUAACGCCCAUUCCACCCUUCCAUCCGUCCUGGGGAAUUCCGGCUUCAUCACAUCGGAGGGAGAGAAUCGGAUUGCUUUUUGGGGGCAAAGAAGGCAACGUUUAGGUACCACUUCUCCUUGGACCGCAUGCCUUUUUAUAGCCAAACUUCUGUGUGUUUCGUAAAUGGAUUUUGCGUUCCUGGAUAUUUAUGUAAUAACUAAACCUCUCAAAUUAUUGUGAGGAGGGUCGGGUCAGGUUGGGAAGGGAGGUGGGAAGAGGGGUGAGGGGUAGGUUUUUUCUGUUCUAGGUCUUUUUUUUUCUUUUUUUUUUUUAAUGUCAUCUCUGAGAUGCACUCUGUCACCUGUGGUUAUCUGGGGCCGAGAUGGACUCAGCCCUGGGUUGGGGAAGAGCCUCGCUGACAUUUUGGUCCCAAGGUUCCUUUCAGGACUGUAGAAACACCAGAUGUUAGUGCUAAGAGACAGCAAAUCAGGGCAGAGAGAGUGGGGGAGGUUGUCAGGACAGAAAUAUCUUUUUUUUUUUUUUUUUGCUUGCCUCCCGAACUGAGGUUCCUACUAGGAUGCUUCCCAGCUUCCCAGGAUUUCAUCCCACCACAUCUGUGUGUGCCCCCCCAGACCCCCCCCAGUCUUUGGGGGUUCACGAGCAUGUGUCUUCAUUGCCUCUCCCCUCCACCAACUGCUGGUGCAAGCAGAGCCCUGGGAUUUCUCCUCUUCACGCCUCAUCCUGCAGCCGUGGGUUCGAAUCUCUCUUCCCCUCUCCUUCCCUCCUCCCUGAUUGACUCGGGCGUGGAAUGCUUUGGCACACCACUAGGAUCUACUGUCUGCACUGUUUUCUUGCAUGACUUUAUAUGCAGUAAGUAUGUUCAAAAAAAAAAAAGAAAAGAAGAAAAACACUCAACAAAACCAAUCUACAUGUUUUGGACAAAAAAAAAAUAGAGGUUGUAUUCUCAGUGUCCGACUCGGAAUUAUGUUGCCGCCUCUCUGUGCUUUUUGGCCUCUGUGUGGCCGUGUUCUGCCAGCAUGAGACACUGUCCCCUCUGGAGGAUUUUAGGGGAGGAAGAGCCAUAUCCCCAGGGAUUUGGAGGAGGCUCCGGUUCCCCGGGACUUCUGGGGAGUCCUGGGUGUUGGCUGGAGGACUGGUGGGGAUGUUCGAUCCAGGACUUCUGAGUUUUCCCUGAUCAUGAGAGGUCUGCUGGACCCUUUUCUCAACAGCUGCUGUCCUGGGGACAGGCGAGGCAGGCUGGGCUGGGGCUGCAGGCCAGGAAAGAGGCUGCCUGGGCUUCCUGCUCUCCAAAUUGGUUGAUCGCUGGCCUCUAUCCUUGGCAGACACCCUGCUGCCGAGGCCCAGGGGGCAGGCACUUGGCCCGCCCCAGGCCCAGAGGGCUUCCCAGUAAGGCCCAGUGAUCCCAGAGUCCCAGCGGCAAAACCGCCUGCCUCCCUUGUGAGCUGCCGGCUCACACAGCAAUCCCCAAGCCCCAGGUGAGGGUGCGGCCUUCACAGGGGAUGCCGCAUUACCAAGACCAAGUCUGGUCCCUUUCUCAGCCUCAGUUUCCCCAUCAGUUAAAAGGUUAAAUAUUCCCGCCCAGUCUAUGUUGCAGGGCUGAUGGGGGAUCCAACGGGACGGUGACGUGAAGCCCAAUAUACCUGUGAGAACUGACAGGGUUAGUCACUGGCUGGACUCCUGCUUCGUUCUGGGACUGGCCAGCCCCCCUCCAUGCCCCCACCUGCCCCUCAUUCCCCUCUUUGGUGCCUGUCAACUGCUUAUUAGCAGUGGACUGCGGGGAAAGAGCCAUGCUUUGGGGGUUAGUAGGAUUCCAUUCCCAGUCCUGACCAGACUUGCUGUGUGACCUCGGGCAAGUCCUUUCCCUGCUCUGGCCUUGGGUUUCUCCACCAGGCGGAACUGAGCUGAAGGACCCCAAUGUCCUGAUUCUUAUUUGCUGACAUGCUUCAUGCCUUCUAUCCACUGUGUCCCAUUCCAAGUGCCAGAGAAAUGGAGGCAGGGCCCCACCCCGGGAGGAAACGGCCCCCACGAGGAAGGCCACUCCUGUGGGUGGGUAGUCAGCCAGUGUGGACCACAGGGCACCAGCGUGAUCCUGAAGCAGCACACAGGGGAGGCUGGCAGGCAAAGUGGCCCAGAGCCCACCCCUACCCGACAGUGAGACUCUGUUCCUCCAGAUCAUCCUGUAGAUGCAAAAAAAAAAAUCCAGACGUCAGACCAGACCUAGGCUCCAGCAUGCAAACCCCUCUGUAGGAAAGCAUUCCCCAGGACCGCGCGCACCGUGGCGCUGAUCCUGGCCGCCUGUCUUCCAAGGGGAGACCCUUUGGGGAUGUGUUUGCCAGACUCCCCGUGCUGGUUUCUCUGUUACUAUUUGUUUGGGGAUUUGUUUCAGUUCUUUCUUUUCUUUUCUUUCUUUCUCUCUUUUUAUUUCUUCUUCUUUUUUUUUUUUUAACAUGUGGCUGUGAACUUGAAUGACCACCGCUCAAAACUUCUGCUAUUGGGUGGGAGGGGGGAAGAAGGGGUGUCUGUUUUACCGGUGUUUUCAGUGCAAUAAAUAGCUACCAACUUC